UAGUACCGGAGGCUAAUCGUUCACCUUUUUUUCGAAAAAAAUGAUAUACUAUUCGAUAGAUAGGCAUUACUUAAAGCAUUUGUGAAAGUUUGAGCGUGAUACGUUACGUACUUAUCGAUAUAUUUUGAAUUGAAAAUCGGUAUCCAUGAGGGUUUUUCGCGCGAAAACUGUAAUAUGAUUUACCAACAACAAAGGAUCGAUGAGUUUUACAUGCAGCGAUUUUUGACGUUUUCACACCUUGGGAUUAAAAAUGCUGAUACAAAUAGUGACUUCUUCGAGGUUUCCGGUCUCUUCAAAAUGGAUGCCAUCCGCGAACAUGCGUUGCUGUGUAUCGGAGAAGAAUUUUCGAAAGAAGGAUAUACAAGUGGAAUUCCGAAGGGGCUCAAGUAUUUGCUCGAGCAAAUACGAAGUCAAGAGCACGAGAGCCCAGAAGCGACAAGGAAGAGAUUUUACAAGCGCAUCUAUGGAAUACUUUGGUACGGAAAUAGAAUCGGCGCGGGAAAAUUUAGCGGGAAAUCGCCAUGCUACAUUUACCCUGACUGCCUAAAGAAGGCAGUCAGAGUUCUUGUCCCAGACAAAGAGGAAACAGAAAGCAGGCCCUACAAGGACCCURCAAAAAGCUCGGUUUACCAUGUAACAAUGGACGACCUUAUAAAGUGCAAGUGGCCAGCCAUUCCCCMAAAAAAGAAAAACUGAAUGGACAACUAUAAAAAGACAAAGUUAUUUUAUGUUCAAAUUAUUUUCCAAGAACAUAGUAUCAUAAAUAUAGUAUUUUUAAGAAAUAUAGUACUUUCUCACAUAUUAGAAUUUCAUUUUUGAGAUUAUAUAACUAUAAUACUAUUCCUACUAUUCCUAUUAUAAAAAAUUCAAGAAUACAUGUACACUAAAUAUAACAUAUGGCAUUCACUAAAGCAUUUUUUGMUACUUUUGAAAAGAAUUUAAAAAUAAAUGUUA